AAAUUCUGAUAUUUACGCUAUUACUAAGGGUAAAAUUGUAUUUGUGGAAGUGUAUUUCCACUGUGCCAUUAGUACAUUGACUUGAAUAAAGGAUGUGGAUCCUUCCUCCACAUGUAGUGUUGAGAGGUCUGGAGGUGUAAUGUGCAUAGUGAAUCAGUAGGGGUCCUUAUCAUUUCUUCCAGUAUUUAACACACUGUCAGUGUCGUCCUGUGCUGCUGUUACUUUAACACCUCUAUCUUUAUAUUAAAACAUAUUCAAGUGUAUUUCUAAUGACUGUUAACUUGUGGUGAGUUUGCAGAGACACUGUACAACUCUUUGAAUGGUGAGUGUGAAGUGAUGCUGAACAACAAACUGACGUCAUCAAGAGGCGACAAUCGCACCACAGAGACACAACAUAUUUGACCACAUCAAGAAAGGCUUGACAGCGGGCAGGUUUGGACAUUCCGGCGUUUGCAUGCCAUCCACCGGCCACCGGUGUGCCCUGCUGUGGAGUCCGUCCUGGCCGUGCGCCGCAGCCGCUGCAGCCGUCCACCCUGCGAAUCUGUGCAUGACUACAGGAACCUGGCGAUGAUGGCGGACUGUGUUGGCUUUCAAGCACAAAUCGCCUCGAUUAUAGAGAUAUUGGCUAAUUCGGCGGUGGCGGAGAUCUGCAAACUGGUGGACGAUGGCUAUGCGGCGCUGCGCUCCCAGAUGGACCAGGAGCGGGAGAAGAGCGAGAAGGAGAACGAUGCCCUGCGGCAGAAACUGCGAGAAAUGGACGUGAAGAUGCGGAGCUACGAGAGGAAAAUUAGGAGACGGAAUCAGCGGGAAGAAAUGCACCCCGUUCAUUUUAGGCCACCCGAAGGACCUGAUGACCAUCAGCCUCUGGUUUCACCUCUCCCUGCAACUUCUGAAGAAAAGCUCUUUCAUCACAUUUCAAAGCAGGAAGAUGCCAAGGUGUUACCAGUGGUAAAGCAGGAAAAAGUAGAGAGAGACGACUGCAACCUGGACCUGAAGGUAGAGGUCAACAUCCGGGCAGAGUGUGGCCUGUCGACUGCUCUGGAGUCCAGUGAGGAAACCUCUGGUGAAAUUGUGCUAGAACAUGAUGUCACCAGCAUUACCUCUUCCACCACCCAGCCCAUGUCAUGUCCCACCGAAGUCACGAUGGACCUUACCUGCAGGCCUCGAGCGAAACGCAAGGCCACCAAGCCCGUGGGUAACAGUUUAACAGUAGCCAGUGGGGGGGUCUCCACACCUGAGGAGGCACGCAGGGACAUUGCCCCAAGUUUAACAGACAGUGGAUCUCUGAAACCAGAGAUCCAGUCAGAUGAUGCAACAGAAGAUGAACAUCAUUCUUCUCAGCUGUCAGCCCCUGUAGCCUCAGAUGAACCCAGUCCUGACCGCCUCAACAGUCUGGGCCUUGACCUGGCCUGGAUGCAGGAGAGGGUCAGUCAUCUUGGUGCAGCAUAUGCAGUUGCACAGUUGGGUUUGGGGAACUCUGAAACUGGCCACCCUUCGGCCUCCUUCCCAACACAGACCGGAGGAGACAGUCUGGACGGUCCUCCGACGAUGCUUUUCACUGGUGGUGCUCAUGAAAUGGCUGCUUUUGCUGCUUCCUUUGACAUGGCAGCAGCCGCAGCAGCGGCUGCUGCUGUCGUGGCUGCACCUCCUCCACCGCCACCUCCACCCCCUCCGGCGGCAGCUCCCUCUUCCACAACAACCAGUCAAAGACGGCCUUACAGGAGCAGUGGUGCAGCUGCUAAAGAGCCUGUAGUUUGCGCUGUGUGCGGUCGUGUCUUCCCUAGUGCUGCCACACUGGAGCUCCACCAACGGGUGCACACAGGAGAGAGACCCUACACCUGCCCCCACUGUGGAAAGGGCUUCGCUCAGCCCAACAACCUACGAGUCCACCUGCUCAUCCACACAGGGGAGAGGCGUUAUCGAUGUACACUGUGUGGGAAGAGCUUCAUCUCCUCCAGCCACCUGAAGAGGCACCGCACAGUCCACACACAGGAGAAGCCCUACAGCUGCUCGCGCUGUGGACAGUCCUUCAGCCAAAUGUGUAGCGUUCGCAGACACCGGCAGCAGUCCCAGUGUGGCCUGUAGAUGGAAAAGCAAAGAAGUUACAAAAUAGAUUGGACUCAGUAGGCUGAAGAAUGCAAACCCCUUUCCAGGGGUAUUAAUGUUAGCAUGAACAUGUCUUCUCUGUAAAAGAUACAAACAAGAGAACCAAGGCUGUAUCCUGUGAUGUCCUGACAUGUAGAGUUGAUAUUUGUCCUAGAUUAUAGCAGUAUUAUGUGAUUUCUUUUUUAAGGUGGUUUGCCCCUUUAAGCCUCCCUGACCUUUUCUUAAUCAUUGCUUCAAAUUAAGAGAGGAUCAUAGAGUGACAUGUAAAAGAGUGCCUGAGACAGACCUGGAAAGAGUGUGUGAAAACACCAAGACUAACUAUUGUCAUAAUGGAACAAGGAUUAACAUCUGAAACUGUCCAUAUGUAGUUAACACACUGUGGGUGUUUUUGCAGAUGGUUUAUGGUGGAUCAUUUUUGGUCAGGAGUACACAGUUGUAGUCACUUUAAUCAGUCUAUACCUCUGAUAAUGUUAAUCAUACAGUAUGUGGAACUCUGAAAUUAUUAAAUCAAUCAAUUUCCCCACAAAUAUAACUUAAAUAGAUGUGACUCCAGGAGAUGUGAAGGAUUCCACAUUGUAACAGAUCCAUCUUUGCCUUAUCAUCUGUGAACACAACAACCAGGUCCGCAUUUUCUCACAUCUCCCAAAUGCUUUAAGGCCAGUUGCACUAAUAUGGUAAAUUUUCUACCCAGUAAAGAGACCAAUGUGACCUUAUUGAACACUGAUAAGGCUAGUAAUAUUUUUUUUUUCAACAAAUUUCAUGAAAAACCAAAACAAUUAUUUGAUAUGAAACAUGUUCUGUGUAGCUAACCCUGAACGACCAUAGAUCUAGCUGCAUAAAAACUUGACUAGUUCUGAAAGCAUUACAUGGGCUAACAUACACAGAUAAACACAUUGUUGGUUUUUGUCUCUUUAUAGAACUUGUUGACAAAAGACAAUACAUAGCUGUUUAAUAUACUGAAGGCCUUAUUUUUAAGACUAUGCUGAAAAGUAGCAGGGAGCUUUUGGUCAAAAGGUUUUACAGUGUUGGACUGGAAGUAGAGGCAACCAACAACCUGUGCUACUGUAUAUGUGGAAUUGCCAGGGUUAAACUCUGGCAGCACAGUUAACAAACGAGUUUUUUUGUGAAGUUAUCACGUCAUGGAUGAGCCUGUGUCUUGAAAGUUCAGAACUGAAAUUAGUCAUCAAUUUUUGGCACUUUGCACAUAUUAGAGAUGAUUCCCAAUAAGGCAGUUCUGAUGCGUGUACUGUCACCUAUGACCAGGUAUGCUGUUCAAUGUAUAUUCAUGUCAUUAAUGAGUGGCCUUCUCAAGGCAGCCUGAACUUAAAAAAUAAUCUUGAGUGGGAAAUUUGAGCACUUUGAAUACAUCUGGUUGUGUAGGCCUCCACUGUGGCUUUUCAUAUAUCUGUAUGUAUUUUGUCAUUGUAAGUUUUUCACAUUGAUUGUAUGUUUUACUUUUCAUUAAUUAUGAAUGAAGGGAAAGGUGUAAUGUUCUAUUGUCCAGAUGAUCCCCUAUCACAUUCAGAAUUGGGUAAUAAAAUAGAAAAAAAAAGGUAGAAAAAAAGUUGAAUAUUUUCUCACUUAAUUUAACAAGGCUUUUAAGGUUUUAGCCCAUUAAAGUUUGACAGGUUGGAGCAUUUAAUGUUCAUUUUACUUUGUUCAGUUACAAUUACUGUACAAAAAAAAAUGUAAAGUAAAACUAUAUAACAGAGAGUUGUGUUUGUAUGUGUACAUGUUUGGAUGUAAUCGGCAGUAGCUGUAGUUUGCACAGCUAAAACAAAUACUUUGCCUUUUAGUAUUCUUUCAUGACAUGUUUCAGUGUUAAAAAAUGUAUGAUUAUCAUUAAAAAUGUAAAAGGUUUGCAUUGA